UUUGCUGGUGUUAUUUUUUUUUUCCAGUGAUGGAGGAACGAAACAGCACUGAGGAGACCCCACGCAACAAUGCCUUGGCACAACGAAGGAGCAAGAGUUACAGGCAAUCAAUGCGAAGCUGUGUUGAAGCAACUCAUCUGGCAUACACAUCAGGCCUUCUGACAGCUCUAAGAAUACCAAGAAGUAGAAAGGCUCCAAAGUCAUGUGAUAUCACAAAACAGGUUGACCCAGACCAAGUAGCACUUCUGGUGAAGAAGGAAUGGCAGCUGUCGUAUGUCACACCUUUGUACCAGUUUAGACACACUCAGUUGAAAUCCUACUCAAAGCAACUAUCAGCUUUCAUCGUAUCAGAGAAGCAACAGGGCCUGGCGAUUGAAGUUGGUCAGGAGUUGGGCUUCAAGGUCAAUUUUUCUGUGGUCCUUGGGUUGGCAGAGACGGAUAAAGAUGCUGAAACAGUUUUCAUACAGAUUCUCUCCAAACAAGCGUUUUCUGCAAAAGAUGAUGCUCAGAAGGUUGUGUGGAGCGGCUGGCUGACCUGCGUCAACGGUGACUUGGAUUAUCUCCGAUCACUACCCCUGGAAUUUGUCAGUUUGCCUUUGUUCUGCACCAGAGGACCAGAAUCGCUCACAGUGUUGGUCAAAUCCUGGUUUGAAAAGACAUUUGACUGUUGCUUCGGCCCUCUUGGUAUCAACUCUACCAACCUCCAGUGGCUCGCAUCCCUAUGGACUGGGUGCCACCCCACCAUCAACAUCCAGUACCUGAAACUGGUCUGGACUCUCCCAACACUACCCCCUAUGGAUGUUACGUACACCGUCCACCCACAAGAUGCCUGGGAGCUUUGGGACAGCAUGCGGCAGGUUGACACUACAGAGGACAGCAUCAGCAUUGAUGAGGUCACCGGGUUCAUCAAAGGGCUGCAGUCACACUUCUUCAGGCACUUCAGGAUAGACUUGUCCGCUGGGUCACUGAUGCAGAUCUCCACGGCUUUGGGUUCUUCUCACCAUAGUGGGAAAAUCAAGAUUGCAAGCCCUAAUUACAUCCCCACCAUCCUGCAACUGCUGACAGAAUGUGCUCUCCUGAAGAUGCCCAUCUAAGCAGACUAUCUUUGACAUCACAAAUCUGUUUGUUUGUGUUUUGUAAAAUACCUGUAUACCACAAAAUUACUGUCCAUAUAAAAUUAAACCGUUUGACUUUUUUAAUAUUCAUGUAUUGUAUGAAAAGGCAAAUGCAUACAUUUCAAAAUAGCAAUGCUUUUGCUGAUUGUGUACCUUGCCAUUGUUCUGUGGUUUGGGUCACUCUAGAUAUUAUUCACUAGAAGCGCAAUAGUGUAGAAGUAAAUGUGUUACAGCUUAAACUUGCCAAUGUUGGUUCUGUCAGUGUGGGGUGAUAGUUGAUUAAUCAGGUUUGAUACAUGGUAAACCGUCAAGUAACUUGGGCAGUUCUGAAGAUGUCAUUGUUUCAGUCCAGAUACAGUAAUUGGCAAACUGUAAGAAAGCCUGGUGUCCCAGAGAACUAGCCUAGUGAUUUCCUAAAUGGUAGAGAUGUAACAACAAAAAUAGUACAUGUAAAUACAUUUCCAAAAACAAUUGUUUGAGCUUAAAGUUUGAAAUAAAGUGUUUUUAUUAACAGCAUGGGGUAUUUUGUCAGUACAGACAAUUCCACGUCAUCUAAUAGGGGUAAAAUGCCAGGCUUACAGCUCAAAGAGAAAUGUCAGACCUUCAGCAAAAAUAAAGCACCAAUACAUUUGCCCUCAACGGUUCCAUACUUUUGUGAAAGGCUGCGUUUACAGCGGCAGCCCAAUUCUGAUAUUUUUUCCAGUUAUUGGUAUUUUUUCCAAGCGGAGCUUUUCACAGCUGACCAAUUUGUGGAAAACAAUUGGGCUGCCUGUGUAGAUGCAGCCACUGGUUAGCUCUUAAACAUAUCUGAUGUGAUUGGUCAAAAGACCAAUUAGUAGGGGGGAAAAUGAUCAGAAUUGGGCUGGCUGAACACAGCCAAAGGGACACAUUCAUUUAAAAAAUUUGGUGAUCAGGCUAAUAAUUACUUGUGAACACUUGCAUAAUCUGACACAUUUGGGUGAUAACAUAUUUACAGGGGUUGAGUUUCAGCAAAACGCAUGAUCGUAUAUUUUGCUCAAUAGCAGUAACAAAUGGUAACAUGAGAUUCAUCAGGAUUUACAUAAUUUAAAAAAGUCUAAGCAUAUUACUGAAUGUCCAUCUGUUUUGCAUGGUCACCAAUUAAGAGGUGCAUAAUACAUCAACCAGUUCAUUAUUCCUUACUGUGUCUUAGAUGAACCGCAAUGCAACUAAUUCCUCAAGAAGAAUCUAUAAUAGAUUAAAGUGCAAGACUGUCUCAGAAAUGUGUCAAUGUAAAAAAAAUGUAUAUCCCCUGUCCAGUCUUUAAUGGGCAACAAUCUUGUAUGAAACUGUUGUAAUAUUGUGUAAGUGCCACCGUACCAACAAUUGACCCCAGUUGUGAACGUAGAAAUCCAGGUUAUGCUCAGUGUGUCAAACUAAUAAAAACAGCAACAAACAAAAAAUUCACAGUGCAUUUAAUUUAGAGAUUUAAACUGCCUAACAAGUUCAUCCACUUUUCACAACGAGGAUCAAGGGAAGCAGUGAGACCACAUCUUGCACCCUCAGUUCUCUUUGAAGAUUCUUCUUCAU